CUUUGAAAACGAUCAUAACAAUUUGUCCCCUUUCGCCGUUUCUUCCUCUCUCUCUCUUCAAUAACCUUUCCGACUCUGUUAUCAUCAUUCUUUCUCUUCCUUUUCCCUCUCCCUUAUCUCUUCUUUCUCAAUUUCCUCAACGACUCUUUCUCUUCAUUCAGGAUAAGAAUCUUUUCAUCUGAAACCACAGAUCUAUCACCAUCUAUGGCGGAAGAGCACCGAUGUGAAACUCCAGAAGGCCACAGACUCUGCGCAAACAACUGCGGCUUCUUCGGCAGUUCAGCUACGAUGAAUCUCUGUUCAAAAUGUUACAGAGACAUUCAUUUGAAGGAGCAAGAACAAGCCAAAACUAAAUCAACAAUCGAAACGGCUCUCUCCUCAGCCUCCGCUUCCACCGCCGUGGUCGUUGCUGCUUCGCCGGUUGCGGAAAUCGAAUCUCUCCCUCAACCUCAACCACCGGCGUUGACCGUACCGUCGAUCGUGCCAGAAGCAUCGGACAAUUCAUCAGGACCGGUUCAAUCGAACCGGUGCGGGACGUGUAGAAAGCGGACCGGGUUAACCGGGUUCAAGUGUAGAUGUGGAAUUACAUUUUGUGGGUCCCACAGGUAUCCGGAGAAACAUGAGUGCGGUUUUGAUUUCAAAGCGGUGGGGAGAGAGGAGAUAGCGAAAGCGAAUCCUGUGAUCAAAGCUGAUAAGCUCAGAAGAAUUUGAUUUGAUCUCAGCCGUUGGAUGAAUGAGAAGUUGAUCUGGACCGUUUGUUGCGUACCUACUCAUACGAAUCUUGCAUGAUGAUUCAACGCUAGCUUGAUGAAAUGAAAUGUAUAAAAUCUUUAUCUAUUAAAAAAGGUUGAAUAAGUCUUUUUUAUUUUUUAUUUUACGUGGCUUUUGCUUUGUAGUAAAGGGAAAAAAAAGUGAUUUUUCUUAUGUUGGAUGGAAUUGAAGAUUUUAAGUCCACGCAAGCGCGUUUGGAAAUUAUUAUGGUGUGGUCCAAAUGUAAAGCGUUGCCGUUUAAUUUAAUAUUCUACUAGUUUAUAUUGGCAAAAUUUAUAGUGGGUGGAGCAUUUGGUUUGUGUGAAAA